AUGUCUGAGCCUAAUUACGGGGAGGAAAACUCUCUGUCGCCCGACUGUGGAAGUUCUCCCCCCCUGACACCGCCUCUGACUACUACCCCGCCUGGCCAGGCCCCGGCCCCGGUGGCGGCGGCGCCGACCAACCCGACCCGUGUCCGGGUCAGUGGAGGGCGCAACGGGCCCCGGUCGCGCCAGGGCUGCUGGACGUGCCGCACCAAAAAGGUCAAGUGCGACGAGACGCGGCCCAAGUGCUUGCGCUGCAUCCGCUUGCGCCUGUUCUGCGACUACGAGCCCCGCGGCGGCGACAAGCUCUCGUCGCCGCCGGGUGGCGGAGGGGACGCAGCGGCGGUGGCCCACGGCUUCCCCGAGAAACACCGGGCGCUGAUGACCAGCCAGCCGUGGCUCCUACAGGUAGCCCCGUGGCGGCGCGCCGCGCCCAUGACGAUGCCGCUGCCGAUGCACAUGCCCGCGUUCGACACGGCCGCCAACUCGCUCAAGCUCACGUCGCUGGACCACGAGGCGAUCCGCUACUACCGCACCACCUUCUCGCAGCGGCACUCCACCAAGAACACCGACUUCUCCGUCUACUCCAUCAUCUUCACGUUGGCCGAGCGCGACCCCCUGGUCAUGCGCGGCCUGCUGGCGCUGGGGACGCGCAACAUGCACCAGGGGAGGGUGGCCGCUUCUCAGGAGGAAAGGAGGGCGGCGCCUCCGCUGGGGGGCUGGUCGGGGCUGGGCCACUACUCGGCGGCGCUGCGGAUGAUGGCAGACACCAUCAGCGCGGGCGAGAACGGCGUCAUCGACCUGGACGUCGCGCUGGCGGCCAUCUACCUGAUGCUCAUGUACGAGCAAAAGUACGGCGACGCAGCGUACUCGGGGUGGAUGAACCACCUAAGGGGAGCCGCGCUGCUGAUACAGGAGCGCUGCAGCGACUGGCCCGCGCAGCUGGCCCAGCGUCCAACCGCGAGGGCGACGACGUCAUCUCUUUCGCCAUCGCCGUCGUCGUCGUCGUCGUCGUCAUCGUCGUCGUCGUCCGAAGUAGCGGCACCAUCUACGACGCAGACGCCACCCCUGUCCGUCUUCGCCGCGCGGAUGCUCGUCUACUUUGCCUUUAUGGACGGCUUCGGCUCCACGUUUGGGCUCGGCGGCGACAUCAACAAGGUGAUGCACCGGAUUGUACAGGCGCACGACCCCGACAUGGUCCUGACCGAGGCUUUCACGAAGCUGCACCGCUACUCGGACGGCCUGUACCGGGCCGUGUUCCGGCAAAACUACCCGGCCAACGAGAUGCUCGCCGACGUGGCCAACCAGCACAUUACCGACAUGUGGCAGGCCUGCUGCGGCCUGCGCUACCUCGUCGCCGACAUCUGCAACUACCAAGGCGACGCGGCCCGGGCGCGGCUGGCCCUGAUCCAGGAGUCGGCCGACUACCUAGCCGAAAAGUACCCCGAGCUCGUCGCCUUGGCCACGGAGAUGACGCCCGACGCCGACGUCCCCGACAUGGUGGCGACAAACUUCCGCGCGUUCAUGCCUCUCUACUUCUCCAGCCUGCUGGAGAUGCACCUCCUGCGGUGCGAGAUGGACCCCGACGCCAUGACGGCCGACGAGCAGAAGACCACCACGGCGACCUACGUGGCGGUCAUCAUGAACCUGGCGCACCAGAUCUACAAGCACGUCGGGCUGGACCUGCUGCACCUCAUCAGCUACCCGUUGUUCCUGGUGGCGCUGCAGACGGACUCGGAGUCGACGCGCGACUGGAUCCUGGCACGGUUCCACGACCUCAUGGCCUUUGGGCCCAACAUCGGGCGAGCGCACGCGUUCCUGCGGAUGGCACUCGCGAAGCAGGCAGAGACGGGCGAAAAGGUAAAAGUCCGAGAAGAGUUUCGGACCGGUAAACUACCAGUCUUUGUGAUAUAA